UCAAACGCCCGGUUGCUUUGCGGAUCAUGCGUUUGAUUUUCGUCGCGGUUUUGGCUGCUUUUUUGGCCCUCACAGCGGCUCAAUCCCAAUCUCAAACGGUAACGGCGGUGGCCACCCCGGAUAUAAAACCACAGCCAUGUUGUGAAAGUGUUAGACAAACUCUAAUUGAAAUACGAAAGGAUAUACGCCUGUGGCUGCUGGACAGGCUUUUCGGAAAGUUAAUUCUUUUGCACGACGGAGAAUUGCUUGGAAACUCGAAUUAUGUAAAUUGUGCCAACGGGAAAAAGCUACUUGAACUCUCCGAUGCAGACCCAAGUGAAAGUAGUGACACAAUUUCCACGAAUCAAUCUGCAUCUACCACAACUUCAAACGAUGAGACCGAACCGUCAAGCUCUUCCGACACCAUAUUCGAUGAUGGUUUGACUAGCCAAUCCUCAACAACAACCACAACGACAACGUCCUCGGAUGGAAGUCAAUCUACGGACUCUGCUUCUUUUGUAGAAGGCACUCAGGAAAGCUCCUCGAACGCUAAUGGAGGCUCCAGUCAGUCCUCGUCCACGACAACCACGACAACAUCUUCGGAUGAGAGCCAAUCAAGCACUUCGUCUGACCCUAUUGUGGAAGUCACACAGGGAAGUUCCUCGAAUGGAGAUGCAAACUCUAGCCAAUCCACGACCACAACCACAACGACAACAACCACGAAUGAAGGUCAAUCCACCGACUCGUCUGCUCCUGUUGUAGAAGUCACUCAAGGAAGCUCAUCAAAUGCUGAGGGAAGCUCUAGUCAGUCUUCGUCCACAACAACCACCACAACAUCUUCGGAUGAGAGCCAAUCGAGCACUUCGUCUGACCCUAUUGUGGAAGUCACUCAGGGAAGUUCCUCGAAUGGAGAUGGAAUCUCUAACCAAUCCACGACCACAACCACAACGACAACAACCACGAAUGAAGGUCAAUCCACCGACUCGUCUGCUCCUGUUGUAGAAGUCACUCAAGGAAGCUCCUCGAAUGCUGAGGGAAGCUCCACUCAAUCUUCGUCUACAACAACCACGACAACGUCUUCGGACGAAAGCCAGUCCAGCUCGUCUGACCCUACUGUGGAAGUUGCUCAGGGAAGUGCCUCGAAUGAAAACUCUAGCCAAUCUACGACCACAACCACAACGACAACGACUACGAAUGAAGGUCAAUCCGCCGACUCGUCUGCUCCUGUUGUAGAAGUCUCUCAAGGAAGCUCCUCGAAUGCUGAAGGAAGCUCCACUCAGUCUUCGUCUACAACAACCACGACAACUUCUUCGGAUGAAAGCCAGUCCAGCUCGUCUGACCCUACUGUGGAAGUUACUCAGGGAAGUUCCUCGAAUGGAGAUGGAAACUCUAGCCAAUCCACAACCACAACGACAACAACCUCAAAUGAAGGUCAAUCCACCGACUCGUCUGCUCCUGUUGUAGAAGUCACUCAAGGAAGCUCCUCGAAUGCUGAUGGAAGCUCCACUCAGUCUUCGUCUACAACAACCACGACAACUUCUUCGGAUGAAAGCCAGUCCAGCUCGUCUGACCCUACUGUGGAAGUCACUCAGGGAAGUUCCUCGAAUGGAGAUGGAAACUCUAGCCAAUCCACGACCACAACCACAACGAAAACAACCUCAAAUGAAGGUCAAUCCACCGAUUCGUCUGCUCCUGUUGUAGAAGUCACUCAAGGAAGCUCCUCGAAUACUGAGGGAAGCUCCACUCAGUCUUCGUCUACAACAACCACGACAACCUCUUCGGAUGAAAGCCAGUCCAGCUCGUCUGACCCUACUGUGGAAGUCACUCAGGGAAGUUCCUCGAAUGGAGAUGGAAACUCUAGCCAAUCCACGACCACAACCACAACGACAACAACCUCAAAUGAAGGUCAAUCCACCGACUCGUCUGCUCCUGUUGUAGAAGUCAAUCAAGGAAACUCCUCGAAUUCUGAGGGAAGCUCCACUCAGUCUUCGUCUACAAUAACCACCACAACAUCUUCGGAUGAAAGCCAGUCCAGCUCUUCGUCUGACCCUAUUGUGGAAGUCACUCAGGGAAGUUCCUCGAAUGGAGAUGGAAACUCUAGCCAAUCCACGACCACAACCACAACGACAACGACCACGAAUGAAGGUCAAUCCACCGACUCGUCUGCUCCUGUUUUAGAAGUCACUCAAGGAAGCUCCUCGAAUGCUGAGGGAAGCUCCACUCAGUCUUCGUCUACAACAACCACGACAACGUCUUCGGAUGAAAGCCAGUCUAGCUCUUCGUCUGACCCUACUGUGGUAGUCAGUCAGGGAAGUUCCUCGAAUGGAGAUGGAAACGCUAGCCACUCUACAACCACAACCACAACGACAACGACCACGAAUGAAGGUCAAUCCACCGACUCGCCUGCUCCUGUUGUAGAAGUCACUCAAGGAAGCUCCUCGAAUACUGAGGGAAGCUCCACUCAGUCUUCGUCUACAACAACCACGACAACUUCUUCGGAUGAAAGCCAGUCCAGCUCGUCUGACCCUACUGUGGAAGUCACUCAGGGAAGUUCCUCGAAUGGAGAUGGAAACUCUAGCCAAUCCACGACCACAACCACAACGACAACAACCUCAAAUGAAGGUCAAUCCACCGAUUCGUCUGCUCCUGCUGUAGAAGUCACUCAAGGAAGCUCCUCGAAUACUGAGGGAAGCUCCACUCAGUCUUCGUCUACAACAACCACGACAACUUCUUCGGAUGAAAGCCAGUCCAGCUCGUCUGACCCUACUGUGGAAGUCACUCAGGGAAGUUCCUCGAACGGAGAUGGAAACUCUAGCCAAUCCACGACCACAACCAUAACGACAACAACCUCAAAUGAAGGUCAAUCCACCGAUUCGUCUGCUCCUGUUGUAGAAGUCACUCAAGGAAGCUCCUCGAAUACUGAGGGAAGCUCCACUCAGUCUUCGUCUACAACAACCACGGCAACUUCUUCGGAUGAAAGCCAGUCCAGCUCUUCGUCUGACCCUACUGUGGAGGACACUCAGGGAAGUUCCUCGAAUGGAGAUGGAAGCUCUAGCCAAUCCACGACCACAACCACAACGACAACAACCUCAAAUGAAGGUCAAUCCAGCGACUCGUCUGCUCCUGCUGUAGAAGUCACUCAAGGAAGCUCCUCGAAUACUGAGGGAAGCUCCACUCAGUCUUCGUCUACAACAACCACGACAACUUCUUCGGAUGAAAGCCAGUCCAGCUCGUCUGACCCUACUGUGGAAGUCACUCAGGGAAGUUCCUCGAAUGGAGAUGGAAACUCUAGCCAAUCCACGACCACAACCACAACGACAACAACCUCAAAUGAAGGUCAAUCCACCGACUCGUCUGCUCCUGUUGUAGAAGUCACUCAAGGAAGCUCCUCGAAUGCUGAGGUAAGCUCCUCGAAUACUGAGGGAAGCUCCACUCAGUCUUCGUCUACAACAACCACGACGACUUCUUCGGAUGAAAGCCAGUCCAGCUCUUCGUCUGACCCUACUGUGGAGGUCACUCAGGGAAGUUCCUCGAAUGGAGAUGGAAACUCUAGCCAAUCCACGACCACAACCACAACGACAACAACCUCAAAUGAAGGUCAAUCCACCGACACGUCUGCUCCUGUUGUAGAAGUCACUCAAGGAAGCUCCUCGAAUACUGAGGGAAGCUCCACUCAGUCUUCGUCUACAACAACCACGACAACUUCUUCGGAUGAAAGCCAGUCCAGCUCGUCUGACCCUACUGUGGAAGUCACUCAGGGAAGUUCCUCGAAUGAAGAUGGAAACGCUAGCCACUCUACAACCACAACCACAACGACAACGACCACGGAUGAAGGUCAAUCCACCGACUCGCCUGCUCCUGUUGUAGAAGUCACUCAAGGAAGCUCCUCGAAUACUGAGGGAAGCUCCACUCAGUCUUCGUCUACAACAACCACGACAACUUCUUCGGAUGAAAGCCAGUCCAGCUCGUCUGACCCUACUGUGGAAGUCACUCAGGGAAGUUCCUCGAAUGGAGAUGGAAACUCUAGCCAAUCCACGACCACAACCACAACGACAACAACCUCAAAUGAAAGUCAAUCCACCGACACGUCUGCUCCUGUUGUAGAAGUCACUCAAGGAAGCUCCUCGAAUACUGAGGGAAGCUCCACUCAGUCUUCGUCUACAACAACCACGACAACUUCUUCGGAUGAAAGCCAGUCCAGCUCGUCUGACCCUACUGUGGAAGUCACUCAGGGAAGUUCCUCGAAUGGAGAUGGAAACUCUAGCCAAUCCACAACCACAACGACAACAACCUCAAAUGAAGGUCAAUCCACCGACUCGUCUGCUCCUGUUGUAGAAGUCACUCAAGGAAGCUCCUCGAAUGCUGAGGUAAGCUCCUCGAAUACUGAGGGAAGCUCCACUCAGUCUUCGUCUACAACAACCACGACGACUUCUUCGGAUGAAAGCCAGUCCAGCUCUUCGUCUGACCCUACUGUGGAGGUCACUCAGGGAAGUUCCUCGAAUGGAGAUGGAAACUCUAGCCAAUCCACGACCACAACCACAACGACAACAACCUCAAAUGAAGGUCAAUCCACCGACUCGUCUGCUCCUGUUGUAGAAGUCACUCAAGGAAGCUCAUCAAAUGCUGAGGGAAGCUCUAGUCAGUCUUCGUCUACAACAACUACUACAACGUCUUCGGAUGAAAGCCAGUCCAGCUCUUCGUCUAACCCGACUGUGGAAGUCACUGAGGGAAGUUCCACUCAGUCUUCGUCUACAACUACCACGACAACAUCUUCGGAUGAAAGCCAGUCCAGCUCUUCGUCUGACCCUAUUGUGGAAGUCACUCAGGGAAGUUCCUCGAAUGGAGAUGGAAACUCUAACCAAUCCACGACCACAACCACAACAACGACAACCUCAAAUGAAGGUCAAUCCACCGACUCGUCUGCUCCUGUUGUAGAAGUCACUCAAGGAAGCUCCUCGAAUACUGAGGGAAGCUCCACUCAGUCUUCGUCUACAACUACCACGACAACAUCUUCGGAUGAAAGCCAGUCCAGCACUUCGCCUGACCCAAUUGUGGAAGUCACUCAGGGAAGUUCCUCGAAUGGAGAUGGAAACUCUAACCAAUCCACAACCACAACAACGACAACCUCAAAUGAAGGUCAAUCCACCGACUCGUCUGCUCCUGUUGUAGAAGUCACUCAAGGAAGCUCUUCGAAUGCUGAGGGAAUCUCCAAUCAGUCUUCGUCUACAACAACCACGACAACUUCUUCGGAUGAAAGCCAGUCCAGCUCGUCUGACCCUACUGCGGAAGUCACUCAGGGAAGUUCCACGAAUGGAGAUGUAAACUCUAGCCAUUCCACGACCACAACCACAACGACAACAACCUCAAAUGAAGGUCAAUCCACCGACUCGUCGGCUCCUGUGGUAGAAGUCAAUCAAGGAAGCUCCUCGAAUACUGAGGGAAGCUCCACUCAGUCUUCGUCUACAUCUACCACGACAACAUCUUCGGAUGAAAGCCAGUCCAGCACUUCGUCUGACCCUAUUGUGGAAGUCACUCAGGGAAGUUCCUCGAAUGGAGAUGGAAACUCUAACCAAUCCACGACCACAACCACAACAACGACAACCUCAAAUGAAGGUCAAUCCACCGACUCGUCUGCUCCUGUUGUAGAAGCCACUCAAGGAAGCUCCUCGAAUACUAAGGGAAGCUCCACUCAGUCUUCGUCUACAACUACCACGACAACUUCUUCGGAUGAAAGCCAGUCCAGCACUUCGUCUGACCCUAUUGUGGAAGUCACUCAGGGAAGUUCCUCGAAUGGAGAUGGAAACUCUAACCAAUCCACGACCACAACCACAACAACGACAACCUCAAAUGAAGGUCAAUCCACCGACUCGUCUGCUCCUGUUGUAGAAGUCACUCAAGGAAGCUCUACGAAUGCUGAGGGAAGCUCCAAUCAGUCUUCGUCUACAACAACCACGACAACUUCUUCGGAUGAAAGCCAGUCCAGCUCGUCUGACCCUACUGCGGAAGUCACUCAGGGAAGUUCCACGAAUGGAGAUGUAAACUCUAGCCAUUCCACGACCACAACCACAACGACAACAACCUCAAAUGAAGGUCAAUCCACCGACUCGUCUGCUCCUGUUGUAGAAGUCACUCAAGGAAGCUCUUCGAAUGCUGAGGGAAGCUCCAAUCAGUCUUCGUCUACAACAACCACGACAACUUCUUCGGAUGAAAGCCAGUCCAGCUCUUCGUCUGACCCUACUGUGGUAGUCACUCAGGGAAGUUCCUCGAAUGUAGAUGGAAACUCUAGCCACUCUACAACCACAACCACAACGACAACGACCACGAAUGAAGGUCAAUCCACCGACUCGCCUGCUCCUGUUGUUGAAGUCACUCAAGGAAGCUCCUCGAAUGCUGAGGGAAGCUCCACUCAGUCUUCGUCUACAACAACCACGACAACUUCUUCGGAUGAAAGCCAGUCCAGCACUUCGUCUGACCCUAUUGUGGAAGUCACUCAGGGAAGUUCCUCGAAUGGAGAUGGAAACUCUAACCAAUCCACGACCACAACCACAACAACGACAACCUCAAAUGAAGGUCAAUCCACCGACUCGUCUGCUCCUGUUGUAGAAGCCACUCAAGGAAGCUCCUCGAAUACUAAGGGAAGCUCCACUCAGUCUUCGUCUACAACUACCACGACAACUUCUUCGGAUGAAAGCCAGUCCAGCACUUCGUCUGACCCUAUUGUGGAAGUCACUCAGGGAAGUUCCUCGAAUGGAGAUGGAAACUCUAACCAAUCCACGACCACAACCACAACAACGACAACCUCAAAUGAAGGUCAAUCCACCGACUCGCCUGCUCCUGUUGUUGAAGUCACUCAAGGAAGCUCCUCGAAUGCUGAGGGAAGCUCCACUCAGUCUUCGUCUACAACAACCACGACAACUUCUUCGGAUGAAAGCCAGUCCAGCACUUCGUCUGACCCUAUUGUGGAAGUCACUCAGGGAAGUUCCUCGAAUGGAGAUGGAAACUCUAACCAAUCCACGACCACAACCACAACAACGACAACCUCAAAUGAAGGUCAAUCCACCGACUCGUCUGCUCCUGUUGUAGAAGCCACUCAAGGAAGCUCCUCGAAUACUAAGGGAAGCUCCACUCAGUCUUCGUCUACAACUACCACGACAACUUCUUCGGAUGAAAGCCAGUCCAGCACUUCGUCUGACCCUAUUGUGGAAGUCACUCAGGGAAGUUCCUCGAAUGGAGAUGGAAACUCUAACCAAUCCACGACCACAACCACAACAACGACAACCUCAAAUGAAGGUCAAUCCACCGACUCGUCUGCUCCUGUUGUAGAAGUCACUCAAGGAAGCUCUACGAAUGCUGAGGGAAGCUCCAAUCAGUCUUCGUCUACAACAACCACGACAACUUCUUCGGAUGAAAGCCAGUCCAGCUCGUCUGACCCUACUGCGGAAGUCACUCAGGGAAGUUCCACGAAUGGAGAUGUAAACUCUAGCCAUUCCACGACCACAACCACAACGACAACAACCUCAAAUGAAGGUCAAUCCACCGACUCGUCUGCUCCUGUUGUAGAAGUCACUCAAGGAAGCUCUUCGAAUGCUGAGGGAAGCUCCAAUCAGUCUUCGUCUACAACAACCACGACAACUUCUUCGGAUGAAAGCCAGUCCAGCUCUUCGUCUGACCCUACUGUGGUAGUCACUCAGGGAAGUUCCUCGAAUGUAGAUGGAAACUCUAGCCACUCUACAACCACAACCACAACGACAACGACCACGAAUGAAGGUCAAUCCACCGACUCGCCUGCUCCUGUUGUUGAAGUCACUCAAGGAAGCUCCUCGAAUGCUGAGGGAAGCUCCACUCAGUCUUCGUCUACAACAACCACGACAACUUCUUCGGAUGAAAGCCAGUCCAGCACUUCGUCUGACCCUAUUGUGGAAGUCACUCAGGGAAGUUUCUCGAAUGGAGAUGGAAAGUCUAGCCAAUCAACGACCACAGCGACAACAACAACAACCUUGAAUGAAGGUCAAUCCACCGACUCGUCUGCUCCUGUUGUAGCAGUUACUCAGGGAAGCUCCUCAAAUGCUGAUGGAAGCUCCAGUCAGUCUUUGUCCGCUGAUGGACUUUCAAGCCAAUCUUCUUCGACUACCACGACAACCACAUCCACCAGCAGUAAUGCCCCAUCCCUUCCGGUAGAUUCCAUUAUUGUAGGUAAGGGCGGAAAAUCAGGCUCAAAAUGGACAAAAACCACAAAGACUUAUUCGUCAAAGACAUCAAAGGUUCCAAAGUCAAAUGGAAAAAUGAACUCGAGCUCUACAACAACUGUAUCGUCAAGCUCUUCUGCAACACCUAAGAUCAAACACUCCUGGUCGAGUUCAUCAAAGAAAAUAUACAAUGGUGGCAAGUUUGGGAAAUAUUGGACCAAGCGGUGGGCAAACCGCAAAAAUAAAAAUGAGAGUUCGUCUGUUGACUCGUCUGACUCAAUAGCCGAUGCUGCUGUUGGUGCUUCGAACGAUGAUGGACAAUCGAACCAGUCAUCCACAACUACUACAGUAACCUCAACUGACGAAAGCGAUCAGUCCAGCUCUUCAUCUCUGCCUGUAGUAGAUAAUGGUGGCAAAUCAAGCUCAUCCAAGACUAAAACUACAAAAACAUAUUCGUCAAAAACCUCCAAGGUUCCCAAGUCUAAUGGAAAAUCAAGCACCUCCUCUACCGAAACUACAACAACAACAACUUCAAAUUCCUCUUCAUCACCUAAGAGCAAGCACUCCUGGUCUCGUUCAUCGAAAAAAAAUUGGAAUGGUAGGAAAUCAAGGAAUACAUCGUCGAGCACGACAACCACGACUUCUUCAGACAUGAGUCAAUCUAGCACAUCUACCGACCCUCUGGUCGAAAUCAGUCAGGGUAGCUCUUUGAACGAUAAUGGAAGCUCAAACCAGGCCACCACAACUACAACUACCUCUGAAAGUCAGUUUGCUGAACCAUCGCCUCUAAUCAAAAUAACUAAAGGAAGUUCACUAACAAAGGGUGGAAAAUCUAUCCGCUCUUCAACCACAACAACAACAACCACCAGCAACGGUAGUGAACAGUUAAGUACGUCAUCUUUACCAGAUGUUGACGCCAGCAUAGUUGGUAAUGGCGGAAAGUCAAACUCAAAGUCUUCAACGACAACUACAACAACCACAACCAAAGGAUCCAAAUCUUCAAGUACCUCAUCGCUGCCUUUAGUUGAUGCCAACAUAUCAGUAAAUGGCGGAAAGUCAAGCACAACUUCGUCAACAACGACUACAACAACAUCCACCACAGGAAAUAAGUUGUCAGAUAGCAUGUCUCUUCCGGUAAUUGAUGCCAGUACAUAUUUUAAUGGCGGAAAGUCAGGUUCAAAAUCUUCAACAACGACUACCACAACCACCACCAAAGGAAGCAAAUCGUCAAGUACCUUAUCGGAACCUCAAGUUGAUGCCACCAUUUCACUUAAUGGCGGAAAGUCAAGCUCAACAUCGUCAACAACGACUACAACAACAUCUACCACAGGAAAUAAAUUGUCAGAUAGCUUGUCUCUUCCGGCAGUUGACGCCAGCUUUUCGCUGAAUGGCGGGAAGUCAGCCUCAAAAUCUUCAACAACGACUACAACAACCACCAUUAAAGGAAGCAAUUCAUCAGGUACCUCCUCGUUACCUCUCGUGGAUGCCAGCAUUUCACUUAAUGGCGGAAAGUCAAGCUCAACAUCGUCAACAACGACUACAACAGCAUCUACCACAGGAAAUCAAUUGUCAGAUAGCUUGUCUCUUCCGGUAGUUGACGCCAGCUUUUCGCUGAAUGGCGGCAAGUCAGGCUCAAAAUCUUCAACAACGACUACAACAACCACCACCAAAGAAAGCAAUUCAUCAGGUACCUCCUCGUUACCUCUCGUGGAUGCCAGCAUUUUACUUAAUGGCGGAAAGUCAAGCUCAACAUCGUCAACAACGACUACAACAACAUCUACCACAGGAAAUAAAUUCUCAGAUAGCUUGUCUCUUCCGGUAGUUGACGCCAGCUUUUCGCUGAAUGGCGGCAAGUCGGGCUCAAAAUCUUCAACAACGACUACAACAACCACCAUUAAAGGAAGCAAUUCAUCAGGUACCUCCUCGUUACCUCUCGUGGAUGCCAGCAUUUCACUUAAUGGCGGAAAGUCAAGCUCAACAUCGUCAACAACGACUACAACAGCAUCUACAACAGGAAAUCAAUUGUCAGAUAGCUUGUCUCUUCCGGUAGUUGACGCCAGCUUUUCGCUGAAUGGCGGCAAGUCAGGCUCAAAAUCUUCAACAACGACUACAACAACCACCACCAAAGAAAGCAAUUCAUCAGGUACCUCCUCGUUACCUCUCGUGGAUGCCAGCAUUUCACUUAACGGCGGAAAGUCAAGCUCAACAUCGUCAACAACGACUACAACAACAUCUACCACAGGAAAUAAAUUGUCAGAUAGCUUGACUUUACCUGUAGUUGACGCCAGCUUUUCGCUGAAUGGCGGCAAGUCAGGCUCAAAAUCUUCAACAACGACUACAACAACCACCACCAAAGAAAGCAAUUCAUCAGGUACCUCCUCGUUACCUCUCGUGGAUGCCAGCAUUUCACUUAAUGGCGGAAAGUCAAGCUCAACAUCGUCAACAACGACUACAACAACAUCUACCACAGGAAAUAAAUUCUCAGAUAGCUUGUCUCUUCCGGUAGUUGACGCCAGCUUAUCGCUGAAUGGCGGCAAGUCGGGCUCAAAAUCUUCAACAACGACUACAACAACCACCAUUAAAGGAAGCAAUUCAUCAGGUACCUCCUCGUUACCUCUCGUGGAUGCCAGCAUUUCACUUAAUGGCGGAAAGUCAAGCUCAACAUCGUCAACAACGACUACAACAGCAUCUACCACAGGAAAUCAAUUGUCAGAUAGCUUGUCUCUUCCGAUAGUUGACGCCAGCUUUUCGCUGAAUGGCGGCAAGUCAGGCUCAAAAUCUUCAACAACGACUACAACAACCACCACCAAAGAAAGCAAUUCAUCAGGUACCUCCCCGUUACCUGUCGUGGAUGCCAGCAUUUCACUUAAUGGCGGAAAGUCAAGCUCAACAUCGUCAACAACGACUACAACAACAUCUACCACAGGAAAUAAAUUCUCAGAUAGCUUGUCUCUUCCGGUAGUUGACGCCAGCUUUUCGCUGAAUGGCGGCAAGUCGGGCUCAAAAUCUUCAACAACGACUACAACAACCACCAUUAAAGGAAGCAAUUCAUCAGGUACCUCCUCGUUACCUCUCGUGGAUGCCAGCAUUUCACUUAACGGCGGAAAGUCAAGCUCAACAUCGUCAACAACGACUACAACAACAUCUACCACAGGAAAUAAAUUGUCAGAUAGCUUGUCUCUUCCGGUAGUUGACGCCAGCUUUUCGCUGAAUGGCGGCAAGUCAGGCUCAAAAUCUUCAACAACGACUACAACAACCACCACCAAAGAAAGCAAUUCAUCAGGUACCUCCCCGUUACCUGUCGUGGAUGCCAGCAUUUCACUUAAUGGCGGAAAGUCAAGCUCAACAUCGUCAACAACGACUACAACAACAUCUACCACAGGAAAUAAAUUCUCAGAUAGCUUGUCUCUUCCGGUAGUUGACGCCAGCUUUUCGCUGAAUGCCGGCAAGUCGGGCUCAAAAUCUUCAACAACGACUACAACAACCACCAUUAAAGGAAGCAAUUCAUCAGGUACCUCCUCGUUACCUCUCGUGGAUGCCAGCAUUUCACUUAAUGGCGGAAAGUCAAGCUCAACAUCGUCAACAACGACUACAACAACAUCUACCACAGGAAGUAAAUUGUCAGAUAGCUUGUCUCUUCCGGUAGUUGACGCCAGCUUUUCGCUGAAUGACGACAAGUCGGGCUCAAAAUCUUCAACAACGACUACAACCACCACCAUUAAAGGAAGCAAUUCAUCAGGUACCUCCUCGUUACCUCUCGUGGAUGCCAGCAUUUCACUUAACGGCGGAAAGUCAAGCUCAACAUCGUCAACAACGACUACAACAACAUCUACCACAGGAAAUAAAUUGUCAGAUAGCUUGUCUCUUCCGGUAGUUGACGCCAGCUUUUCGCUGAAUGACGACAAGUCGGGCUCAAAAUCUUCAACAACGACUACAACAACCACCAUUAAAGGAAGCAAUUCAUCAGGUACCUCCUCGUUACCUCUCGUGGAUGCCAGCAUUUCACUUAAUGGCGGAAAGUCAAGCUCAACAUCGACAACAACGACUACAACAACAUCUACCACAGGAAGUAAAUUGUCAGAUAGCUUGACUUUACCUGUAGUUGACGCCAGCAUAUCGAAUAAUGGCGAAAAGUUCAGCUCAACAUCGACUAAGACGACAAAAACGUAUACCUCAAACAACUCCAAAAUUCCUGAGUCAAAUGGAAAGUCUAGUUCUACUUCAAGCAAAUCUACAACUACAACCAUAACGUCAUCGGUUCCAAAAACUCAGACUAAAUACACUUGGUCUAGUUCGUCGCAGAAAACAUCUAAUCCUAUCCGAUUAACCCUGCCAAUUCUUGAUGCCGGUAUCUCUGUUGGUGGAGGAGUUGGAGGAGAUUCUUCGAGUUCCUGGUCAAAGCUGAUUAAAAGAAGCCCCACAGAUGGUGAGGCCAACGACAGUGAUGGCUCAUCUGUUUCUGGUUCCAUUGGCGGUGGAAUCGGAUCUCGGGGCGGACAGUCCUGGUCCCAGCGCUCAGGAUUCUCAAGUGGCAGUUCUGGUGUCCAGGGAUCUCCAGACAUUCGUUUCCGUUUAGCUCGAGGCCAGACUGCUCGAGAUGGUCAGUUCCAGAAGUCGAACUCCUGGACCAGGAGCUCCACACAAGACCACGGAAGCUCGAACAAUGAAGCGGAAUCCGUAGAUGGACAACUGUCGGAGAGUUCCAGUGACGCAACUAAGAUCCAAGGUGGUGUCGUCGGCGCAACCGGGCAGUAUCCCUAUUGGUGGGGCAACGGACGUUGGAUGGGCGUUGGAGCCAGGCCAAGCUGGCGGUAUGGAUGGCCAUAUGGAGGCGGAUGGGGCGGUUGGAGCAAUCAAUAUUAAAGUUUUCCCUCUAUGGAUAAAGCCAGAGUAAAAGGGCUAGGACUUUAAUUAAUACGAUUG